UGUGUGCUAGUCAAUUUUCCAUGUGGAUGCUGUGGCAGUAGAGGAAGCCAUGUACUCAAAAAAAGUUCCCUACUCAGGCUGGUGCUCAGUGUGCCUGCAGUGCCUCACAGCAGGUCAAAGAGCUUGAAAAUGAGGUCCGGGAGCUGCGCAAGCGGCUAGAAGUUGCUGAAAACAUGCUUGACUCCUAUGACAUGGUGAAAAAGUUGAGAAAAAUCUUGAGGAAGACUGAGAAAGACCCAUCUCCUGCUGUUGAAGCCGAAAGGGUUAACAUCGGUGGAGGCGUUUUGGUUGAGAAAACGCUCCUGGAGCGCCUCCAUUCUCACUGCAAUGGGCCUACAAAGUUCGCCAGGCAUCUUCUCCGGGGUGUUUUUACUCUGGAGGAGAUGCGUGGCAAAUCACUCUUCGGCAAGGGCAGCAACGCCAAUAAGAAUGCCGAAGUAAAGGAGGCACUGGACCCAGUCAGGGUCAACGCAGUGAUUGGUGAGUUACUAAUGAUGCCAUGUAAAUUUUUUUUCUCAUAUUCUUGUUUCAGAUUUCAUAUUUGUGUCUUGAUGUUGUGUGUAUGCGGGGCUGAAAGCAAAAUGUGGCUCUACCAUUUUUUAUCUGUUUCUUAGUUCAAAUCACUAUUGCCAUGACUUCUGUUAGCAUA